AGGAAAGUGACUGAGUUAACUCAUUGGGAUUCAGGGAACGACCUGCCCUCUUUUGGAAAAAAAAAAAAAAAAAAAAAAAAAAAAAAAAAGGCAAGAAGAAGAAAAGUAAGUGUGUAUGUGUGUGUGCGCGUGUUCGUGUUCCUGUAUGUGUGUGUGUGAGAGAGAGAGAGAGGAGAGAGAGAGAGGAGGGGGAGACUCACACAGAGUCCUGCUUUUCUGAGCUGAGAGCUGACGGUUCCUAAGCAGAAAGUAUUAGGAGAAACACAGCAUCUUGUCUCUUUGCUGCAUUUACACAAUGAAAUCACUUCUAUUUUUAUUCCUGCUAACCGACCGGUUUUGCUUGAAUCCACUCCGAGCGAUGGACAAUGGGAACAAACAAGAACUUAAAAACUACUAGGAAAAAAAAAAAAAAAAAAAAAAAGAGGAGAAAACCCCAAACAAACCCAACCACGCUGGGAUGAGGAUUACUCACUUUAGCGCUGGCUGCGGCCGCACGCAGGAGCUGCGGUGCCGAGGAGGGUCGGAGCCGUCUGCCCAGUUUGCCCCCAGAUGCCCCGGCAAGCUACAGGAAAAUCUCUGGGAAGCACAGCUCGCCGCAGGAGCCCGGGCGCCGCCGCAGGCAGCCGCAGCACAUCCCGCUUCGCCUCCUCUCUCUCUCCCGGGCCCUGGGGCCGAGGAAGCAAUCGAGGUCAGCCGCCCAGUUCCCGGGGUCCGACCGUGGUACAGCCCGCAGGGUGAUGCAAGGUGCCCGGCUGCUCCGCUCCUCCCUGGCGCGCCAUCGUUACCGAAAAGGAAUGGUCCCCGUCCUGAGCGGUGAAAGAUGGCAAAAAGCGUAAUAAUAAUAAAAAAAGCUUAGGCUGAUUUUAUUUUUAAAACAUUAUUGUAAUGACUUCACCCCUCAUUUCCUCACUCGCCAGUUCAGUGUAGGCAGGCCAGAUGGGCUGCCCAGACCCUCCCGGGAAAGGGGCAGGUGCGAGUGAGUUAAAUUUUUUUCCGCUUUACAAAGAAAGAUGACACGUCCUGCCCUUUCAUUUUUCAUCGCCGAAAGACCCCCUCUCCCCCUCCUUCCCCCGGCCGAGAGGAGCGGGGAUGCUCUGGGGGUGAGGGCUCCUCCCGCCCGUGCUCCAGGGAAGCCGCAGGACCAGGCGGACCGAGGCAGCGGGAAAGAACGGUCAUCCCCUUGAGCCAGGGAUGCCAAAUCACAGACGUCGAGUCGGGGAGAGCCAGCUCCUGUGUUUAAAAUCACUCGAAGACGCUGGUGAAAUUAAAGCAGUCACCUGGAAAUGUGUAGUAGGCACACGCUUAAUUUCUCUCCCUAUUUUUUUUUUUUUUUAAUCCAUUAAGUACAUAUUUAACAGCUUCCUGAGCACUGCAAACAACAGACGGGCUAGUAAGAAAAUUCGAGCAUGAGUUAUAUGCAGCCCGGGCCAGGAUGGGACUAGGGCAGAGCGAAAUCACCGGGUUUUUUUUCGGGGAUCAGUUGCUGUUCUGCUUCCAGAGAGAGAGAGAGAGUGCGAGCGCUCUAAGGCUCUGACUCUCCGUGUUCACAGCGGACCUUGAUUUAAUGUCAUACAAUUAAGGCACGCGGUGAAUGCCAAGAGCGGAUCCUCAAAGCAGCAUGAAAGAUCUCGCUAGAACAUACCAUAACAAAAACGUUAAUAAUAAAAGUAAUAGAAAACUGAACAUUACAAAAAAAAAAAUAAAAAGGAGAGACAUAGUAAUAAAGAGCUCGACAACCUGUACUCACCUACGGAAACCGAGACUAACUAGGACUGGCGUACUGAUCGGCUCAGCCCAGUGGAGAGGAGAUGUCGCUGCCACGGGACGGGCGCCCGCGGGGGCAGCUGUCAUCAGCAGGUAACGGGGCCGUGGGGGACUACUGGAACGGUGGGGUAGUCGUGGUGGUUUUUCAAGGUAGUGGUGACUCGACCUCUUGCUUUCUUGGGCUGAACCAUGUAAAGUCGAUUAAUGGGAAAUAAAUACAUUUUCUAAUAUUAUCA